CGGUGAUUGUAAAUCGCAUAUACAGGCCAAGAAAGGGAAAAAAAUAGCAUAUGAUUUAAAAAGCGUUAUAAUAAACCUUUAGUACACCAUUUUCAAAGCUUAAAAUGGAACUUUUGAAUCAUUAAAUUAUGAGUCAUCUAAAAAUAAAUUAAUUUGUGUAUUCAAUUGACUCGGACCUUCAGGCUGAAGUUAAGAUUUAGCGCUAAGUAUGACAAGUGACUCCCUUAUGUCUAAAAGUAGAAAUAGUAAUUGUAUUAAGCUGAGCGGAAUCGACUGGAAUAGACUUCGUAAUUCGUAUAAGCUGUCAGCUGUUCCAACUUAUUUUAAGUUAAUAUACCUCAGGCAUAAGCAAAGUAUUUUAUUCUAUGCCUCGAAGGUCCUAAAAAUUCCAAUCCAUAUUAAUAUAAAGAAUAAACAAGUAUUGAAAAAUGGAUUCUGAUGAAGAGCUUUGUGAAGUUUCAACGUAUCGAGGUAUACCGGCUACAAUAAUUUUAAUUAAUUUAUUGGAGGAAAACCAAGUAGUGGAGCUUGCUCUUGACGCGACAUGUCGCUUAUACAGACAAUGCCUCAGAAGUGGUAGUGCUCAAAUUCUGGGUGUUUAUUUGUAUGGAGUAGAUGAUAAAAAUACUGCCCAAAGUUUAAUAGAGUCCCCUGGGGUAAAAGAAAUCAUUCCUUUUUCCUUACCAGCACUGAUAGAAUUUAAAAGGCUUAAAAGUUUUGACAUUCAUUCAUACAAAAAAGCUAAAGAAUUAAAGUUAUCAGAUGUUCUCUGGCAUUGUAGCAAAACAUUUGCAAAUUGUAAAAAGCAAAUAUCAUCUUAUAAAGUCAUCUUGCUCACACAGUUAAAACAAACACCCAUUAUUGCCGACCAGACACCUACCCUGAAACGUGUAAAAGAUUUAACUGAUUCUAAUAUUGAUUUAGUCAUACUAAAUAUAGCUGAAACAGACUACAAUAUUGAUUCAUUUUAUAUAAACUUUUUAAAAGAAGCUUAUAAAGGGCAGGAUCCCAUAUUACCUGAACCAAUUUUUGAUAGCAUUGAAAUUGAAAAGAUUAUGUAUAAAGAGUCCCAUCGUCGCUUUGCAGUAUCUAAUCUGAGCUUUGAAAUUGCUGAAGGCUUUUCAAUUAGUGUAGGAGUUUAUUCACUUAUAAAAAAAGCAGGAUAUAACCAUCAUAGAAAAAUUAAUUUGGAUAGAGAAAGUAAUGCAGUAGUAACUAAUGUCACCAAAAUGACAAAAGUUACCACAGAAUCUGAAGACAUAGACUCAUCUUCUAAAGAACUUCCUCUGUUAAAUUCUGAACUUCUAUACUCUCAAGAAUAUGGAGGGGAACAUGUUGAAUUCAGCACAGAUGAAAUGAAAUCAAUGAAGAAUCCUUUUGGUCCUCCUAUGCUGAGACUGUUAGGUUUUAAACCUGUAGGUAAUAUUUGCAAAGAAAAAUGGUAUCUAAAAAUGGGCUAUUUCUUAUUCCCUUCUGAAAACAAUAUAGAAGGAUCAACAGUAGCCUUUAAUGGUAUGCACAAGGCUUGCUCUGAUCUUAAUAUGGUUGCAAUAUGUGUUUUAUGUACAAGAGUAAAUGCAAGGCCUACAAUUGUGGCUCUGAAUCCCUGUAAGAAUCCAAAUGGAUUAGAUGUUGCAAUUGGAUUUGAUGUAAUACAUAUUCCAUUUGUUGAAAAUAUAAGAGAUUUAAACAUUGAAGAUGAAGAUGAAAGUUCUGUUGAACCAGCUCAUAAAGUUGUGAUGAAAGAUUUAUUGAGGAGUAUACAAUUUGAUUAUAAGCCAGACAUGUUUUUAAAUCCAAAGUUACAAUCUGAAUAUAGAGCCAUUGAAGCAAUUGCUUUGGAAGAAGAGGAAAUUGAACCAUUUGUUGAUACAACUAAACCUAACCUAAAUUCUUUUCAGAAUCUUAAAGAAAAUUUAUUUGAAGAAAUGUUUGGUCCAUUUGGAGAACUUGCUAUCAAAAGAACUGCUUCAAAGUCUGCCAGUGGAUGUAGUAAAAAAUCAAAACUUGAUAUAGAUUUAGGUUUAUUUCAAGAUAGGUUAUCAAAAAACCAUAUUGAAAAGUACACUGUACCACAGUUAAAGGAAAUUUUACAAUUUAAUAAUAUUGAUGGUUUGCCAGCAUUAACUGGCCUUAAAAAAGCUGUACUUGUCAAUCUUGUUUACAACCAUUGUAAAUGAAUAUAAAUACACUGUCAUUCCUUACAAUAUUUAUUGCUUAAAUAUACAGAGAUCCAUCUGCUGGGCCGAGGUGGUGUAUACCUAUUAAUAAAGCAUCAACUAACGUCCAAACACCAAGGCCACCAAAGCUAAACAGUUUUCCAAUGCCUUCUUGCCAAUGUCCUAAAUAAAAUCGAUCAGCUCCAAAUCCACCAAGAGUCAAGGCAAGUACCAAUGCAGUGCCCCAAUGUGUUCCAGCUGUCCAUGAGCACUUAAUUUUUUUCAAAAACCUCCUCUUUCCCAAGCAAAUAAUAUCAUCAGAAACUGUACAGUUUGUU